AUGAGUUCUCCGCGGGGCCACGAGGAACAGGAGGCGAUCCCUCGCAGCAGCACGCCUGCUACCAACUCUGAUGUGAUCGUCGAAGAUCUGCGACAGCUCACUCGCUCUCCCCAUCCCUACCACCGCAGUCGACGCCUCGGGUCGCGCACACCCUCCGAACAAGGUGACCGCCUCCAGCCACUCUCCUACUACUCAAAAUCAUCACGAACACCAAGCGACAGCGGCACGGAGGCAGAUGAUGAAAGCACUGGGAUCUUGAGAGGCCUCCCUGCGCCGCCUAUUCGGCCUCGAAAGGGGUUGCGUUCGGGCGGGAACGGGGUACUCGACACUGAUGCGUGGCUGCCUACAUUACAGCCAUGGCCAUCAUUCGCGCGCCAGACUGGACGGAUCUCGCGACGAAGCUCAGAAGAAGAGACAGAGGGAAAAGCUGCCGAGGAGGAACAAAUUAGUCGGCAGAAGCGGGUUGAGAUCUUGCGACGACUCAUGGAGACUGCACUCCUGCUAUCUGUCGGUGCCGUCGUCUUACUGCAACAGGAUGCUCGCUCAAUCGCUUGGGCUUGGAGGAAAGAGCUCGCCGCCCAUGGCCUUACACUCAUUGGUUUAUCUGCUGCAUACCCCAUGCUUCUCCGAGUCUCGAGGAGCAGAAGGUGGCGCAUGUGGCCCUCCAACUCCAAACGCCCAUUCUUCUGCAUACCAGCGAGUUUCGAUCCAGCUCCGCUCCUCUACCCAAUCCUUAUCCCGGUCUUCGUUUCGCUAUCCUUGACACACCAUCGCCCGACUUUGAUCAUACCAAACCUCAUCUUGAGCCUUUCCUCUCUCCCGGCCCCUGCCAUCCCACUGCAGAACUGGAUCCAUGGCUUCAGUGUCACGCAUUGGAUGGUGACCCUGGUUCCGGUCCUUGUUUCAGAACAUAUCUCUUUCGACUAUACAGUGCCCAAACCGCUGACGCUGCGCGGACACGAUGCGGAAUCGUUGAUUCUUCUUUUUCCUUUGCAUCAAGCGUUGAUACCCACUUUAAACUUUUUAUUGACGACCAGCGUUCUUCCAGCCGAACUACAGCUUUUGACGACAGCACUGAUCAAUUUGUACUUGUUUGCGGCCUCUCCUCAGGCAGAAAUUCUGAAGGCCAUGAUAUGGCUUGGUGGAAUGUGUAUAUUCGCGUCGUGUCGGCACAUACUACGUUGGGAGGUUACUCUGGCGCGGAUUCCUAGUUGGAAGUUCCGCCGCUCGGUGAGCGGUUCGCCCUCUCCGCGGAAAUUCUUCAAUAUGAUGGACCAUCGGCUUUGUCAGAAGCUGAGCCGGACUGGUGUUUCAGAUGAGCCUACAUCAGACAGUGAUGGGCCUAGUGGAGUGCCACGGCUUCAAAGAACGAAGACGAUGCGAGAGACGACAGACACAGUACAGUCCGUGGGACCUGUAUCGGCAAUCGACAAUAUUACCGCUGAGCAAGCCUUCGAGCAGCAUAAUCAUUCCCACAAACGGCGACGACGACAUACCAUUGCGACUUUUGAGGAAGCCGUUCAAGAGGAACGUGUGCGCACUACGCCCGGGGGCCGCCGCAAAAAAUUGAUGGGACCCGGCCUUGCCUCGUUCCUAUCCCUGACUGCAGCCCAAGCGCAGGUCCGCAAAUGGCUGUAUGCGCUCUACGUCUACGUCAUAUCGCUGGUGAUCAUCCUGGGACCCAUCCGGAAGUAUAUCGCUGAACGAGCACUCCAAGGACAGGAUCCUUUUGGCUGGGCUGUGGGCUAUCUCCUGGGCAAUUUGAACGGAGUUCGAUUCUGGGUGCUCAUGUUGAACCUCGAGUAUUGGAUCCAAUUGCCAACGCGCCCAGGAGCAGCUCUCCAAGCUCCUUCUUGCGCACUCGGCUGGGUUGAGCAUGUCCGCCAGACUGACUUUGGACCCGCCAACACCCGCCUCCUAAUGAGCGCCUACUGUGUUCUGGUUCUGAUAACAGGCCUGGCAAUUGUGUUCCAGCUCAGCUCGAUUGCCGAAGUUGACACGCGGCGCAAGGUUUUCCAUGGCAUGAUGGUGCUGAUGUUUCUGCCUACGGUGUUUGUGGACCCGGCGUUCUGUGCGAUGGCGCUGGCGUUAGUCCUCUCGGUAUUCUUACUAUUGGACCUCUUCCGUGCGUCUCAGCUCCCUCCGAUCUCACGCCCCUUGACCUACUUCCUAGCCCCGUACGUGGACGGGCGCGACCACCGCGGGCCGGUCAUUAUUUCGCACAUAUUCCUCUUGAUCGGAUGCUCCAUCCCGCUCUGGUUGUCACUGUCCGACCUGGAGCGCAAUGGCGACGGCCCCUGGGCCGGUUGGGAGGUGCCCACACGAGACGUCAGCAUGGUCAGCGGAGUCAUCUGUGUCGGCAUGGGUGACGCUGCGGCCUCGCUCAUCGGCCGCCGGUACGGUCGGCUCAAAUGGUUCUGGGGAGGAGGCAAGUCACUUGAAGGCAGCGUGGCUUUCGCGGCGGCCGUGACGUGCGGCUUGCUCGCUGUUCGUGCCUGGCUGAUGGUGGGAGGGUGGAGUGUAGCAGGGGCCGAAUCAGCCGGAUCUGCUGGCGCGGCGGCCUCCACCCUUCGAUUCUGGCUCUGGACGGCCUGCAAAGCGGCCUUGGCGGCAGGUGGCACUAGCGCCACCGAGGCGAUCCUCACUGGCUGCAAUGAUAACGUUGUCGUGCCAGUUGUGUUGUGGCUGUUAGUCCGGGGUCUGGGCGUUUAA